AUGGCGGAAGACGAUCCCCAAGCAAAGCGUUCUCGCUUUGACCAAACUGAAGCGGAGCCCCGACGAUCCCGUUUCGACCGACGCUCGCGAUCCCCUUCGAACCGACAGUCCGACUCCGCUCGCACUCGCAGCCCUUUGAGUCGCCCCUUGAGCCACAGCCCUGGCGCAGAUGCUCCUCCGAAGCAAGCUGUAUCUGAUCCCGCCGCCGCCGCAGCCGCCGCCGCAGCCAAAAUAAAUGCGCAGCUUCAGGCUAAGAAGGGAAUCCAGCACGUUGAUGUGCCUCCAAUUCGCUCGAACGAAAGCCCCGCCGCGAAUACCGAAAAUGCGCCCUCUACCGCGGAGGGAUCAGCCAAGCUGAACGCUGAGAUCUACGUCGCCGACGGUGAUUACAUCAAGGAUAUUGAAAUCAAUGACUUGCGCAACCGCUACACCCUGACGAAGGGGUCAACCCAGAAAAUGAUUCAGGAUGAGACUGGCGCCGAUGUUACCACCCGAGGCAAUUACUACCCCGAUAAGAACAUGGCUACCGCUGCGAGCCCUCCUCUCUACCUCCAUGUCACAAGCACCAACAAGGAUGGACUGGAGAAGGCAGUUGCCAUGAUAAAUGAGCUGAUGCAGAAGGAACUGCCGAACCUGGUUGACGAGCGCCGGUUCCGUCGCAGGGAACCAGAGCAGCAAGUCGAGCGAGAUGAAUAUGGCCGUCGCAAAUGGCCGGAUGACCGACUUGCGAUUGAUCUUGAGCCAAUCCCCGGUUUCAACUUGCGUGCUCAGGUCGUUGGGCAGGGCGGUGCUUAUGUGAAGCACAUCCAGCAACAGAAUCAUUCCCGCGUGCAGAUCAAGGGCCGCGGCUCUGGCUAUUUCGAAGGUAACACCGGCUUAGAAAGUGACGAGCCAAUGUAUCUUCAUAUUGCAGCCCGCGAUACAACUGAGCUCCAAAAGACCAAGGAACUUUGCGAAGAUCUGCUCAAUAACGUGAGGGAGCAGUAUCAGAGAUUCAAGGAGAACCCGCCACAGCAUCACUACGGUGGAUACGGCAACCGUGGAGGUGAUCGAGGAGACCGCUACCAAGGAAGCGGAUAUGGUGGCUAUAACAACCGCCAGCAGCAACAUAACGGCUCCUCUGCCAGUCCUUCUGGCCAGGCCUCUCCCGGGGCCGCCGCCCAAUCCGCCAAUGAUUACAGCGCACAAUACGCGCAGUACUACGGUACUUCGGACCCAUAUGCGGCCUACGGUGGAUACCAGAACUAUGUGGCGUACUAUCAAUAUUACCAGCAGAUGGCUGCUGCUCAGCAGCAACAAGCCGAUGGCGCAGCCCCCCCUGCUGGCCCCGCUGCGGAGGCUGCCCCUCCUCCUCCUCCUGGCUCGGGAUCUCCACCCCCUGGCCCUCCAGGUGCUAGCGGCUACAGCGCAGUAAGCUCUCCAUUCGAACAUGACACCAGUGCUAGACUAAUCGAUCUUCGCAUAGGUGCCUCCUCCCCCUGGUCUGUAAGAAGGGGAUUGCCACAGCGGCAUAACACCAUGUAUGUCCAGCUUACUUGCGGCUCCCCUUGA